AUGAACGCGCAGAUAUCCUUUCUUGACGGCACUUAUACCCUCAUUCACAUCCCCCUCGACCUGUACUCGACGCUGCUGCAGCCCAUACUGCGCGUCCUGCUCCCGCAGACGCAGAGUCUCAACGUCUCCCAAGUCCCGCCCGAGCACGAGCUCGAGGGCCUCACCACCGAGAACCAGCAUGGCUUCUUCAACGUCAGCAUCACCCCGCUCGAGUGCUCCGUCGUCUGCCACUCGAGCUGGGCCAAAAACGUCUUUGAGCCCGUCAUCGACGCCCUGCCGCCCGACCUGGCCAAGACCGUCACCGUCUUCAGGGACUCGUACAUGGUCCUCUCCAUCAUCAGCGCCGGUCUCGACGCCGCCGGUCGCGUCAUGGAGCUGAGCUCCCCGCUCGCCCUCGCCGGCAUCCCCAUCUUCUUCAUCACCACCUACUACUCCGACUUCAUCCUCGUCCCCUCCAAGGAGAGGCGCAAGGUCAUCAACGCCCUGUCCAACAACGGCUUCGAGCUGUCCGAGAACCAGUCCGACUUUGUCAGCUCCUUUGUCUACGGCCGCAAGAACUCGACGACGAGCCAGUCCGCAUCGCCCCCCAGCACCCCGCCCCCGUCCAAUGCCGGCGAGCUUCAGACGAGAACCUUUGAUCUCCUGCAGAAGCGCAGCGUCUCUCCCUUUGUCGACGACGGCCUCCAGCUGAUCCAGUGCUCGGGGCGCGAAAUCUCCCAGCUGGCCAACGCCUACGGCCACCGCCUUCCCGCCGGCCGGCAGGCGCAGAGCGCCCAGCGCCGGCAGAGCUGGAUUGAGAACGUCGACACGAAGCUGUACACGUGCAUCAUCUCCGCCUUGGUGUCCAGGCCCAGGUUCAUCUCCAUCACCUUGGCCCAGGACGAUCCUCCAUCUCUCCUGCUGGACCGCAAGCUGCUGCCACUGUUUGGCGACUCCAUCGUCGGCGACACCGACUGCAACUUUGUGCCCAUCUUCCUCGACCUCGGCACCCUGUCCUCGGGCGUGACGGGCAUCGUUUGCGGCGUGGCGGGCCGGCUCGUCCACGAGAUGCACAUGAUUGAGACGUCGGAGCUCUCGUACCUGUCCACCGCACGGGCCGGUGCCGUCAUUCUCACCGAGGAGCAGUCCACGCGCGCCCUGGCCAUACUGCGGCCACUGCUCAACAAGGAGGCGUAG